AUGGCCGUCGGAAACGGACGAUUGUGGAUGGCGGCGGUGUUCGCGGUGGCCGUCGCGCGCGUUACGCCGGCGGAAACGGCGAGAAUAUUGGCGAUAGAAACGUUCGCGGCCAAGAGCCACUGGAACUUUAUGAGCGCCGUGCUCCGGGCGCUGACGGACGGCGGGCACGUCGUCACGGUGUUCACGCCGUUUCCGGACGGCGACCGAGAGAACUACACGGAAGUCGACACGUCCGACGUGAUCCCGGUGCAAAUAGGCAUGGACCUGACGGAGCUGAAACGGGUGUUCGACAACCGGUUAACGGUGGUCCCGGCGAGGAUGAGAAAAUUCCGGGUUCAGUGCGAUCGCAUUUACGGCGACCGCCGGCUGACCGGUCUGUUGGCCGACGACCGGGACGGCAGUUUCGACGCGAUAGUCAUCGAACCCGGUCCGCCGUCUUGUUUGACGUACGCGGCGGCCGGCACGAAACUCCCGGUCGUGUACACGGUGCCGACGCCGAAGCCGUUUUUCGCCGAAUCCGCAAUGGUCGGCGACGCGCCGAACCCGGCGGCCGUUUCUCCGUUGCUCGCCCGCCACGCCGUCCCGAAAACGUUCGCGCAACGGUUCGCCAACGUUCUGCUGUCGCUGUACAUCGAAGCGUCGAACGCCAUUGCCGAUUCCGCGACGUGCGCCGCCGGCCCGAAGCCUCACGACGCGUACGCCCGCGUCGCGCCCUCAAUAGUGUUUACCAACGGCCAUUUCGUCAGUCAUCCGUCGCGGCCGAUUUCACCGAAUACCGUCAGCGUGGGCGGUAUCCACUUGAAACCGCCCGAGACAUUACCGAAAGUAUUAUUAUACAUCGUCACUGCUAUUACCGUUCGGCCGGAGAGGUUUCCAAACUUUCCCCCCCCCCCCCCNCCCCCCCCGUUAACCGUUAUUGCGAAUUUGUUCUGUUUUUCACCGGCCAUCCCCCGACAUCAUUUAUUACACGUAUUCACAUCGCAUGUACCCCAGAUUCGAUUUUUUUUUCGGUGACACGAUCAGAAUCACAGACCUUAUACUAAUUGACGAGAAAUGCGUAUAACUACAGCGUUGAGAGCUACGUAGAAACAUAUCGCGGUAAUGUGGCGCGUCUUGACACGCGUGCUAGUUUUAUACGUUAAUUUGAUUUAUCGCGCACUAUACAAAUCAAUGAUUACGCUGUUGAGGAGUGAACAUUGUUUAUUGUACAUUUUUCAUCCCGCGGUACUAAAAAUUACUGAAAUAUAGUUUUAGUACUUUUUUGAGAAUAGUUUUUUCGUUUGAAAUGAUUUAUUGAAACAACGUAAUUAAUUUUAUAACACACUUUUUUUUUACGGUCUUUAAAUUAUAAAUAUUUUCAACUGAUAUUUAAAAAAAAAUUAACAAAAUUUAAAAAAGGUAAAGGGUGGCGAAUGAUCAAAUAAUCGCGGGCGUCGCGAACUGAUACGAUAUUUUCUAGAAACAGAAUACGAGUAUACGAUAAUCUUACAAUCGCUCAGUAAACGAAAGGCGCCCUCUAUCUUUUCACAUCCGGUCUGAAUUAUUUCUUAACUAUUAAUAUGAAGUCUACGGUCAUAAUAGAUCCCCUGAAGGGGUCUAUAAACUUAUUAAUCAACAUAAUAUUAUAAAAGUAUAUAACUAAGAAAAAAAAAACAAUAAGGAGUGGGUCACAACACUCAAAACCUGCCCUAACUACGUUACUAGUGUGCAUGACUAAUGCAAUCAGCAUAAUAUUCAACUUGAGUUACUUAUCCCAUAAUUUUGUAGGUCGCGCAGGUACUCCUGAGGCAAUGUUAUCGUUCAUAAUUAUGGCGCAAUAGAAAAUAAACUACGCAAAUAAAUAACAAUUCUAAAAUACGAAAAAUAAGACCUUGACAGCGGAAGGUAAACGACCGUGAAAAUGUACGCUUAGUCACGUAGGCAACUGAUAGACUGAUAAGACGACCAUUCCGUCAGGCACGGAUCCAGGGGACAUUUAUGGACGUACAGUUCAUUCUUGAACUUUAAAUUAAGUUUAUAUGAAUAAUCCAACAUUACUUGAUAGAAGAAAUUAUUCGUUUUCGACAAUUACUAGGUCCGAAAAUAUAUUUUUGUAUAAUCUAUUUAAAUAUUUAUGAAAAUCUUUCCAACUAUCGUUUUAGAUUCUAAGCAAAACGAGGAAUUUAUUGGUUUUAAUUUUGUGUUUUAAUUUUCGCAUCUGUUAAAUGACAAGAGAUCUUUAUUGUUGCAUUGAGGAGGUAAUUUUUUGAUGUGCGGUUAUUUUAAAUCUAAAUUCGAUAAACGGCCAAACUAUGCAUCUUCGGUCAUUUGUCCACCCUUUUGCGUCACUUGCAAGGGUUCAGCUAUCGUCGUCAAAUUUCAUCAAAAUCGAUCGAAGCAAAUGGGAGGGGAGAGAGGUUUGAUCAAAACAAUUUGUAUUCCUUCGUCUAUAAAAUAAGGACCACUUGUAUGCGUAUGAUUAAUAUAAACACAGUAGACAAUUUAUUUAAAAGAAAGUUUAAAACCGUAGUGUAAUCAAAAACUAUGGAGUAUAAAACAUUCGCAUUCUAGUAUUUGUAAUCACAUCAGAAAAACAAUAUUACGAUAGCAUAUCGUAACGAUUUUAUUAGGCGUAUUUUCGGGUUACAGGACGUGUUAGAAUUUAUCGAGGGCUCUGCGCACGGAGCGGUUUUGUUCACUUUCGGCUCGACAGUUUUGAUGUCCAGUGUGCCGGACGAUAUUAAAACGGCUUUUUUAGAUGCUUUGGCCGAACUGCCGCAGAGGGUUUUGUUGAAAUACGAAGGCGAAUUGAAAAACAAACCCGACAACGUGAUGAUCAGAAAAUGGUUCCCUCAACGGGAUGUACUCGGUAAGGUCCGAAAUUACGAUAAUUCGGAAGGGUUGAUUAUUAUUGUACCGCAAGCAACGGCCAAACCGGAUAAACAUGUGUUUUUUUUUUUUGUUUAUUUUAAUCAAUUCAAGUGCACCCGAAAAUCAAGCUGUUCGUCAGUCACGGCGGAAUAUCCGGUGUGUACGAAGCGGUGGACGCCGCCGUUCCCGUUUUAGGAUUUCCGUUGUUUAGCGAUCAGUACCGGAACAUCGACGGUUUGGUCGAGGCUGGCAUGGCGAUCUCCAUGGAAAUAUUGUCCGUAACGAAAGACGCGUUUUUCACGAACGUCGUGGAGCUGGUCAACAACGAAAAGUAACCCGACUGUAGUUGGCUACUAUAAUAUUUUUAUAUGCCUGUUGCGUUACGUUUUAGGUACAAGAAAAACGCCGAGAUCGCUUCGAGUAUAUUCAAAGAUCGUCCGAUGUCACCGCAACAGUCGGUCGUGUACUGGACCGAGUACGCGAUUCGUCACAAAGGGGCGCCGCAUUUGAAAUCGCACGCGCUCAAUUUGACGUGGUACCAAUACUUCUUGUUGGACGUGAUUGCAGUCGCGUUGAUUUUAAUUUCGAUCGUAUCGUUCGUAAUCUAUAGAGUAUUCAAAUUGUUGUAUCAGUAUUCGUCUAGGCGUUAUUCGCGCAUCGAUAAACUGAAACCCGAAUGA